ACAAUAAACUUGUGAAAACAAAAAAGUAAGAUAAAUAUCUCAAACAUUGUGUGCAAUUAAAAUAAAUCCAGUCCGCCCAUACACUCAUCACCUCAGCAUGAUGAAUAGUAAGCUAAAUUAGUUAACUUGCUGAGAUAGCCAAAUAAUUCCAACCGUAAUUUAAUACUUAUGCAUACUUGUCCAAAACACGUUCACGUACAUUUACAUUUAUACCAUAAAUUGAUCGACAGGCACACAAUCGGUCGACCAUACAAGUACCAGACUAUUAACAUUACACAAUUGUUUUAACCCAUCCAUCCAUCCAGCAUUAUUCGGAGAACAAUCCUCUUCCAUCCAUCCAUCCAUCUGGACAACCAACGAAAUGAUGUAAAAAAGUGAACCAGUUACACGACCCGUUCGUGCAAAACUUGGCUGUACACCUUCGUCCAUGUGCCAAAUAACGUGCUCGAACUCUCUUCUCUUCUUUCUAUGCAGUUUACAGAUUAAAGGACAAUAAUUGCAUCACAAUACAUAUAACUAUAAGCCGACUCAAAGUUCAAGCCAAGUCAUCAGCCGGGCAGAUUCAGUAGUGAAAUACAAUGUAAAUUCGAUUCCAGCAUUGUUAAAUCCCUCUGCAGGUGGGUGGGUUGGGUUGAUGACUUGAUCAUACUGCAUUUGCAUAUUUAGUGCAAAAGUGAAUCCUGUAAUGCAAUGCAGUUAAGUACUUAAGUCGAGUGUCAACGAAAUUUUGUACGUAAUGAUUUUCACACAAGUUUUAAGAUUAGUCAAGUGAAAGCUGGUAAAUAAGUGAGUAAGUGGACGAAUACAUAAAAUGGCCCGGAUUUUCCACGUGGAUGUUUUAUCGAUACUCUUCGGUCUAGGGACAUGGCUUUGUGUCAACGGAUUAUGGGUGCAACUUCCCCUCUUGGUCCUUGUACUGCCGGAAGCCUGGAACCUCCCGUCAUACAUUUCCGUCGUCAUCCAAAUUGCCAAUUUGGGCCCUAUCCUCUACACUUUUCUAAACUCUCUCCUCCCAAAAAUCGUGACUGAAAAGCGGUCCAUCUAUUUCGUCAUGGGCAUCGGUCUCGUUACAACCAUCCUCCUCGCCAAUUUAUGGAAAGAACAGACUACCGUGGGCGGAGAGAAGCAUUCCACGGCGUUCCUGGUGCUGGUCUUCUUCCUCGCCUCGGUUGACUGCUCCUCUCGCGUCCUUUAUCUACCCUUCAUGUCGAAAUUUUCUGAAGUUUACCUCAUGUCGUACUUUAUCGGGGAGGGGUUGAGCGGUUUCGUCCCCUCGAUCGUCGCCCUGAUCCAAGGCGUCGGAGGAAAUGGGGAAUGUCGCAAUAAAACCGAUGGAACGCCUGGAAUGGAAGCGUUCACACCGGACCCACGAUUUUCCGUGGACGCCUUUUUCUACUCCCUCUUCGUCUUCACGCUGAUAAGCCUGGUUGCCUUUGUUCUCUUAAAUAUGGACCACGUCGUGGCAGGAUCGCUCGUAAAAAGCAACGAUGUCACGUUGAACGAUUCGUCGCCAUAUUCGUCGUCCCGCGUGGACAAGGGCGGCGACGAGGAUGGGUCCUCGUCCCGAGAAAACAGUCAAGUUUUUGGAGGGGACGUUUCAGUCUUUGAAAUGCCCAAGGAAAACGAUGGUCCAUUCAAUGUCGUCAGCAGUGGGGAGAGCAAUGAUAACUCCAUGUCGUCAAUUUUGGGGCUGCGCCAAUCUACUUUUCUUUACCUGAUUUGUGUUCAGGUGUUCAUUUGUUUCUGGGCGAAUGGAUUUUUUCCCUCGAUUCAGUCGUAUUCUUCGCUUCCGUACGGAAAUGUUGCGUACCAUUUGGCCGUUACUUUGUCGAACAUGGCGAAUCCGGCGGUGUGUAUUCUUGCCUUUUUUAUUCCGACCCCUACAGCGAAAAGUAUUUCUGGCGUGGCCGGAGUUUCUGUUGUGAUCUCGGGGUGGGUGCUCUAUCUCGCGUUGAAAAGUCCUAGUCCUCCCAUGAUGGGGACGACCGGGGGUGAAGUUAUCAUGGUCGCGUCCUGGAUCAUUCUCGUCGCCCUCUUCACUUACGUUCGUGUCUCGGUGGCCACCAUUUUGAGGGAAUAUUUGGGAAAGAGUGGGCUUUUUUGGUGUGGUGCCGUCUCUCAAUUCGGAUCGGCAUUGGGAGCGCUGGUGUCAUUCUUCGUGGUCAACUAUACCAACGUGUUCACUCCGUAUUAUCCAUGCACGUGAUGAGCAGAAAUAUUUUACGAUUUAUUAAAAGACCAAAUUGAUAACAAAUUUAAAACAUAUUUACAAAUUAUUGUGAUACGUAAUCAAACAAAAAAACUUCUUAAUUUAGAUGAGAAAUCGUUUUGGGUAGAAAUAAAUAUAUAUAUUUUUA